GCAGAAGUUCCCAGUAUCCUCCAACUGUGUACUUGCAUAAGAUGCAAAGUUCAGCUUUGACUCGAAAGAGCGUCUUUUCCUCUCUUGAAGUGCUCUCUUACACCCUUUUGGAUCCGGUGCCAAAGGCUUUUACUUGGUACGAGGAGAAGGGACUGGCCAGACCAAAAAGGUGGGACUUCGGGGGAAUGCCAGAGUCCCAGGGUUGCGGCCCAGAGGAGAUGAUGUCACCACUUCUGUAAAGAGAGCACGGGGGUGGAGCGGUGGAGGGGGUAAAGGGGGGAGCCCUUGCCGCGCCUGCAACUGCCAAGGGAGCGUUAGGAGCCCACGUCAGGGGAGGUAUCAGGAUAAAUAGGGUCCCGCAAUGGCCGUGACUGGUUGCAUUUGGAGCUGCCGGGUCCGGGGCUGGAGCUGCCCAGCCGGGUUCAAGCCCCGGAGGCUGAGGGCUGGCAUUGCUGGUGCACUGUGCUCCAGACAGUGGACUUCUCCCUUAAGCCCCAGCAGCUUCGCGUCGCUGCCUACAGGAUUUUGGGGAGCCCUGUGCCCUAAAGGACUACCUCCUCGGAGAGGGGAGAGAGAAAUAUUAAAAGGAGGGAGAGAAGAGAAGGGACCUUUCCGCCUGUCGAGGUCGCAGCGCAGGAGGACAGUGCAAUGCUUCUCUCCAUUCUGGCCGCUUUAUGCCUGUGGCUGCGCCUGUCCCUGGGCGUGCGUGGUGCUCCCUGCGAGGCGGUGCGCAUCCCCAUGUGCCGCCACAUGCCCUGGAACAUCACGCGGAUGCCCAACCACCUGCACCACAGCACGCAGGAGAACGCGAUCCUGGCCAUCGAGCAGUACGAGGAGCUGGUGGAUGUGAACUGCAGCGCUGUGCUGCGCUUCUUCCUCUGCGCCAUGUAUGCUCCUAUCUGCACGUUGGAGUUCCUGCACGACCCCAUCAAGCCGUGUAAGUCGGUGUGCCAGCGAGCGCGCGACGACUGCGAGCCCCUCAUGAAGAUAUAUAACCACAGCUGGCCCGAGAGCCUAGCCUGCGAUGACCUGCCAGUCUACGACCGCGGAGUGUGUAUCUCACCGGAGGCCAUCGUCACUGACCUGCCGGAGGAUGCUAAGUGGAUAGAUAUUACACCAGAAAUGAUGGUACAAGAAAGGCCUCUUGACAUUGACUGUAAACACCUAAGUCCAGACCGGUGCAAGUGCAGAAAAGUGAAGCCAACUCUGGCUACAUAUCUGAGCAAAAACUACAGUUAUGUCAUCCAUGCCAAAAUAAAGGCUGUACAGAGGAGUGGCUGUAAUGAAGUAACAACAGUGGUGGAUGUGAAAGAGAUCUUCAAGUCCUCAUCACCCAUCCCUCGAACUCAAGUCCCACUCAUUACGAAUUCCUCUUGCCAGUGUCCUCACAUCCUGCCCCAUCAAGAUGUUCUCAUCAUGUGUUAUGAGUGGCGCUCACGGAUGAUGCUUCUUGAAAAUUGUUUAGUUGAAAAAUGGAGAGACCAGCUUAGUAAAAGAUCCAUACAGUGGGAAGAAAGGCUGCGGGAACAGCAGAGAACAAUCCAGGACAAGAAACGAACAGCCGCGCGCACCAGUCGUAGUAAUCCUCCGAAACCAAAGGAAAAGCCACCUGCUCCCAAGCCAGCCAUCCCCAAGAAGAACAUUAAAGCUAGGAGUGCCCAAAAGAGAACAAACCCAAAAAGAGUGUAAGCUAUCUGCUUUAUAAAACGGAGACUUCCUCUUAGGAUGAGGCUAGGCAUUGCCCAGACAGACUAUGGAAGGCCACACACCCCUUGUCUUAAUGACAAUACUCUUUAUAGACACAUCCCGCAGCAUUUUUCUUAAUGAUAUGCUUCAGUUUUUCCUUUUUAAGCCACUACAAGCCAUAGCAGUAGGAAUGCCAUUUGGUAUGGAAGGUAUACAAAAGCUGAUCAAAAAAAGGUGUAUAGUGUUUGGAGUAGCCUGUGUGCGCACUCCAUGAGAGCUCCACAUGGGCAGAAAAUACACUUUUGUUUUUUCAGUUUGACCUCGUACGUGCAUGGUAAAAUAAAUGCCAUAUUACAAACAAAAGACCUAAUUUGUUUACAAUAUGUUUUCUUCCUCUUUGAUUUUUGUAGUUAGAAUCUUAGCAAUUUUUUAAAAUGUGAUUGAAAAUAUGCUUCUAAGGAGGAAAGCAAGGGGAAUGAAUGUUUAACAGAUCUUUGUGUGUUUAUUGUUUGUAGAAGAAUAUUUUUUGAUGAAGGGGGACUUCUGAACAAUCUACAAAAGUAGGAUAUGGAAAAUUGUAAUGAUUUUUU